AUGAAGAAAGACGCUGUGCUGUCCUGUGAGUUCAGGACGGAGAAAGAUCAGAACCCUCGAAUCGAGUGGAAGAAGAGAGGAAAGGCGGUGACUUUUGUGUACUUCAAUAACCAGUUUGCUAAGUCAUACGUAGGAAGGGCAAAGAUAGAAGGAGCGACGCUGACGAUCCACUCUGUGACUCAGAAAGACUCUGGAGAAUAUCGCUGUGAGGUGACGGCCAGCCAGGACCACGUCAACCUGGGAGAGGCCACAGUAAACCUCAACGUGCUCGUGCCUCCUCACGUCCCGUCCUGCGAUGUGCCGAGCUCUGUGUUCGUUGGCUCGGGCCUGGAGCUGCUCUGUAAGGACAAGCUGAGCGUCCCUCCUGCCACCUACCGCUGGUACAAAGACAACAGGGCCCUGACUGCCACAGCAGAAACUCCCUACAGCAUCGACACAAACAAGGGCACGCUGAAGUUUAAAAGCGUGUCCAAGCUGGAUGCAGGGAUGUACCGCUGUGAGUCCUCCAACAGCGUGGGGGCGCCCAAGAGCUGUGUGGCACAGCAGCUGAAGGUUGUUGAAUAUCCUCUGAACAUGGCCAUCCUGAUAGCAGCAGCUGCAGGUUUCGUGGUGCUCGUCCUUGUCUGCUGCAUCUGUGUUUGUGUCUGCCGCCGCCGAGGCUGCUGCAAGAAGAGCAAGAAAACAAAAAGCUCCAAGUCCUACAACCCUCCUCCUCCUCCUCCUCCUCCUCCCACCCGCAACCUCAAACACUACAAACAAACUCAGUCCUUCAUGAUCUGAGGAGGAAGCAGCUCUCUUUGCUUCCACUUCAAACCAUUCAAAGUCGCUGUGACGGACGCAGACGUCUUCAAAUGUCAAGAGCUGAAGUCUGUAAAGGCCUUGCUGCUUUGUUUCUGCACUGACGGAUUACAGGAGGUUCAUGUUCAGAUGUACAGUUUGAACACUUUUUCAAAUGCUGUAUAAUGUUAUUUUUCUGUGUUUUUUUUUCAGUUUGUCAAGAUAUUUUUGCUUGAAAUCCUUGUUUUUCUUCCAUCUCUGCAGACUUGAGGUGUCAGAUUCAGAACUUCAGCUGAAGGUUCAGCUCUUUAGUGCCACCUAUAGGUCACUAACAACAACUAUCUCUGCUAAUUAAAUACUGUACAUAGGUUGUUUGUUUCAGCUCAUGUGUUUAUUCUCAUUUUUACAUAUUUUUAUAAGACUUUUUGUACACUUAUCUCAUGUUAUGUUCGGGGUUCUCUCUUAUUUUUUCUGUCUUUAAUUGUAGUUCAGGUGAUGUAAAAGGUGAGAAAUGAACAGGUGUCUGCACACACUGAAUGGUGCUCAUUUAUUCUGAAAUAUUUCAUAAUCAAUAAAAAAAGAUGAGUAAAAAUAAGCUCUUUUGAAUUGAA